AUGAACCUAAAACGGGCGUUACAUGUAUGGUUCCGAGUUUUUGUGGAUUACUGCAGCAAUUGCUCCCUCGCUGGUUUGGGUUACAUCGCCAACAAUAAGUACCACUAUACGGAACGACUGUUCUGGUUGGGAUGUGUCCUUCUUUCUUGGACAGGAUCGUACUUCCUGAUAGCAACAUUUAUGGAAACAUUCCGAAAAAAUGCCGUCAGCAUGGUAAUUGAAAAUGUCCAUCCCCGUGAAGUAACCAACUUCCCUUCGGUGGGAAUCUGUGAGAUGGGCUACGCAAAAGAGGUUUACGAAAGUUUGGUUGAUAUAAUCGAAGAAAUGAAAUCGACCGAAGACAUGGAGUAUAACUACGAUGUGGAAGAUUUCAUGCUGCGAAUCAUAUUUCAUAAUUUGUACAAUUAUGGUUCGAUUAUGUCGUACUGUGCGCCGUACAAGGAUUGCGAUGAUUGUCUCAAGUGCCCAGUGGAUAAAUAUAAUGAAUACGCUGCAAAAGUACGCGCCAAUUGCACUCAGUUGUUCGAGGAAUGCACAUGGAAUGGGAUAAAGUUUGAUUGCUGUCGGUACUUUAAGCCUAUCCAAACAACUAUGGGAUCGUGCUAUUUGAUGAAUUCGGCACAAUUGGUUCAAAAAGGCGGAAGAAGCUGGUUCAGGAUGGAAGUUGGAAGAGGAGUCGCAUCGGGUGAAUUAUUGCUGAACAUUUCUAAAGCCAGUUCGGCAUAUAUACUUAAUGAAGAGGAUAUUCCGCAUAUGCUUUUAACAACUCUGCAGUUCACACAGAUGCCCGAAGGAUAUGCAGGAACUAUAUUUUUCACUGUGAAAAAUAUAGUGAACGAUCCGCUGGUACGAACUGUGGACACAGAAAUACGUCGUUGUGUUUUUCCGGAUGAAGAGAAUGAUUCCGGAUACCCCAAGUACAGCUACAGCGUAUGCGUUACGGAAUGUUUAAAACAGGCUCAGAUCAAGUUAUGUAACUGUUGUCAUCAUAAUGUUAUUACAAACGAUAAUGACAAAAGUCUUAUUUGUGGCUAUGACGGUUUGUUCUGUUUGGACCAGAAGGAUCUCAUGUUCCCACAAACGACAAUAAUGCAGCCCUGGCGAACGAACGGACUGGUAUGCAAGUGUCUGCCUUCUUGCAGUGAACAUGAAAUUCGUGUUAUUGGGAAACAGUCAGUCAUUGAGAAUCGCAACGACCGGUCGGUGUCGUUCAAACUGCUGGCACUACCCACUCAACGCUAUCGUAGGCAAAUUGUGCGUGAAAAUUUGGAUGUUGUGGUUUCAGUUGGGGGUAUACUGGGACUCUUUAUGGGAGCCAGUAUCCUCAGCCUGGUGGAACUGGUUUAUUUUUUCACAGUCAGGUUAGUUUCCACGAGCUAUCAGAUCACGCUCGAUGAGGAGGAAAACGACGACGAUGAAGAAGAGGACGAACACGAUAUGGAAAUGGAAUUUCGUUGAUCGGAGGCUUUGAAUUCGAUACUCAAAUUGUGAGAUCUUGGGAUGUGAUAUUCGCAAGAUAUGGAUAUUUCGAUAGCUUUUGUUGACUUUUAUAUUGAUGUGAGUGUUUCACUAAUCGCCAUAAUGGUAAAUAUAUAAAUCUGAUAAAUCUAUUUUGAACAUCCGUCGAACGUUUGCAGACAGCGCAAUGCUUUGCCCCUCUAAAUACACCUUCAAAUAUCAGUAAAACAAAUCCGCUCACGACAAACAUGUGAAGAAACAUUACAACAAAACAGCGAUUUGGAAUCUUGUUCAACUAUAAUUGCUUUCUACAUUUUAAGAAAUGAACAGAGAGUUUCACUUUUAUCCUUUUUCCAUUCGCAUAUUUGCUCACUCACAAUAAAAAGGAAAAAGUCACAACAAUGCUUCCUCUGUAAAAAGCAAAACUUGUAUAAUUAUACAUUUAUUCAGAGCUGUAACUGAGGGUUGAAGUACGUAUUAACGUUUAUAUUUAAGAAACUAGAUUUAAUAUCACAAGAAAUGACUACUGUUGUAUCAAAAUGGUACUGAGUCGAAAAACUAUAUGUAUCGUUUUCAUCGAUUACUUCAUGUUGAACAAUUGUAAAAACUUUAUCAAUCUUUGGAAAGUGUGGAAGAGAACGGAACCCGUAAUGGGAACCGUUUGAAAAUUUAUUCAAAAAACGCUAGAUAUUUUUAGGUGAUAGUAUUCAAGUAAACUUUCAAAAUGAAACCAAAGCGGAAAGGAAAAAAAAAAUCAACAGUUUCAGUUGUGACUUCGUAGCCAAAUUGUUAGGGCGGCAUCAUAAAGAAAUAAAAAGUUGGUUUUAUCAA